UAUGAGUCAUCAUCAUAAGGCCCAUGACAUAGCAAAGGUUGCAGCAGCUCGUUUAAAUGCAGCUGCAGCUACAAGAAAUUAUAAUGUGACACCAAGAGUAGAUUAUAGAACAGUUGUAAAGGUGGAUGGCCCAUUAGUUAUUUUGGACAAUGUGAAAUUCCCAAGAUAUGCAGAAAUUGUUAAUGUUUGUUUAGGUGAUGGAUCAGUGAGAAAAGGGUAAUGAUAAAUAUAAUUAUUCUAGUUAAGUUUUGGAAAUUGCAGGAAAGAAAGCUGUCGUCUAAAUCUUUGAGGGAACAUCUGGAAUUGAUAAUUUAUACACUCAUUGUGAAUUCACAGGUUCAACACUUUAGAUGGCUAUAUCUGAAGAGAUGCUUGGAAGAGCAUUUAAUGGAUCAGGAGUUCCAAUUGAUAAAGGUCCCCCUGUAUUGGCAGAAGAAUUUUUAGAUAUUUAGGGUCAACCCAUCAAUCCAUAUUCAAGAGUUUAUCCAUAAGAAAUGAUUCAAACAGGUAUUUCAGCUAUUGAUUGCAUGAACUCAAUUGCUAGAGGAUAAAAGAUUCCAUUGUUUUCUGCUAACGGUUUGCCACAUAAUGAAAUAGGAGCGUAUGAUUUAAUAACCAUAAUUUUAGUUAAAUUGUGCGUUAAGCUUCAUUAGUAAAAGGUAAAGAUGUUCUUGAUCAUUCUGAUGAAAAUUUCGCAGUAGUAUUUGGUGCUAUGGGUGUUAAUAUGGAAACAGCUAGAUUUUUCUAAACAGAUUUCGAAUAGAAUGGUUCAAUGGAAAGAGUCGUUUUGUUUAUGAACUUGGCUAAUGAUCCAACAAUUGAAAGAAUUAUUACUCCAAGAUUGGCAUUAACAACUGCAGAAUAUUUGGCAUAUGAAAAGGAAUUACACGUGUUAGUUAUCUUAACAGAUAUGUCAGCCUAUGCAGAUUCUUUAAGAGAAGUAUCUGCAGCCAGAGAAGAAGUACCAGGAAGACGUUCUUUCCCUGGUUAUUUAUAUACAGAUCUUUCAACCAUUUAUGAGAGAGCAGGUAGAGUUUAAGGUAAAAAUGGAUCAAUUACUCAAAUUCCAAUAUUGACAAUGCCUAAUGAUGAUAUUACACAUCCAAUUCCAGAUCUUACAGGAUAUAUUACAGAAGGAUAAAUUUUCAUUGACAGAUAAUUGAAUAAUAAAUAAGUUUACCCACCUAUCAAUGUGUUACCAUCCUUAUCAAGAUUGAUGAAAUCAGCUAUUGGUAAAGGUAUGACCAGAGAGGAUCAUCCUGAAGUCUCAAAUCAAGUAAUUUUUAUAUCUCUAUUUUUAGUUAUAUGCAAAUUAUGCUAUUGGUAAGGAUACUGCAUCAAUGAAAGCAGUCGUAGGAGAAGAAGCCUUGUCAGCUGAAGAUCUUUUGUAUUUAGAAUUUUUAAAGAAAUUUGAGAAUAAUUUCAUCAGUUAAGGAGCCUAUGAAGUCAGAUCUAUUUUCAAAUCAUUGGAUUUGGCUUGGAGAUUAUUAAGAAUCUUCCCACCUGAAAAAUUAAAGAAGGUAUUAAUUUAAUAAUAAUUUUAAUAUAGAUUAACAAAAAAAAUCUUGAGACAUAUUAUUAUAGAAGAAAGGAAGAUGAAGAUGAUUUUGAUGGACCUUAAUAAUAAUAAGAAAAAUGAUUGUGAUGU